CCGCAUGCGCCCCGCUGGGCGGCUGGCUGGCGGCGGUGCGGGGGCGGGCGGGGGAGCUGCGGGCGGCGGCGGCGGAGCAGGAGGAGCAGCUGAGGAGGUGGGAGGCGGAGGUGCGGCAGCAGCAGGAGGCACGGAGAGCGGAGAUGGCGGCCGCAGCAGCCGCGGCCCCUCCCGCUGCUGCUGCUGCUGCCGCCCCUCCCGGGGUGCCCCAGCUCCCCUCCGAGGGGCGGCCCGACCCGCUGGGGGAGCAGCGGGGGGCCUGGCUGGCGGAGGAGGCGGCGGCGGAGGGGCAGCUGCGGGGCCGGCGGGAGGAGGCGGGCCGGGCACAGCAGAGGCUGGGG